GAUCAGUGUGGAAUCAAUGCCAGUGGGGUUGGUGACGAUCAAUAAAAUGAUCUACAUUGGAUGUAUGAACUUCAGACUGCACUGUUACCAUCUGAAGGGUAAGAAGAUGUACACUUUGGUUAUGCCAAGCCCAAUACUCACCAUGAAGGAGUUCAGCUGGGAGGCGACGGGAACAA